AUGUUUGCUCUUUCCUUCCUUAUUUUACUCUUGGUUCAACCGCUUCCCCUUUUGGCAGUUGGCUUAUGCAACGACCAAUGGCAUGCAAGAGCUGAAGGCAAUAGCUCCUUUAUCCAUCCGGGCAUACUGAGCACCAGAGAAGAUCUUGAUCGGAUGAAGUAUGGAGUCGGUAACCAAACCGAUCCAUGGUAUACGGCAUAUCAAAAUAUGUCUAGCGACUCUCUCGCUUCUUCAUCGUAUACCAUGAAGGGCCCUCUGUCAUAUGUCACGCGCGAUGUCAGCGGCAGCUCUCCCGGAAAGACACAACUCAGUCACGAUGCAGUAGCGUCUCUGUUAAAUGCCCUUAGCUGGUACAUCACGGGGGACAAAGCAUACGCUGAGAAGUCGGUCGAGAUCCUCAAUGCUUGGGCGAGCACUUUAGAGCUCCUCAAUGGAACCGAUGCUCAAUUGACCGCCGGCCUCUAUGGUGUACAGCUCGUCAAUGCUGCCGAGAUCAUGCGGUACACGUACUCCGGAUGGUCAGCCAAGAAUAUCACAAUGUUUGAGAAAAUGAUCCUGGAGAUUUUUUACCCACCUGCCUCGCAGACUACACCAUCUGAAACUCAGAAGCACCCAUUUCUAGCGAAUUGGGGAACGAGUGGUGAAAAAGCCAUUGUCGCAUUUGGUAUUUUUCUGAAUAAUGUGACAAUGUACAAUUAUGGCCUUAGCCUAUACCGGAACUUUGCCUGUGCAGAUCUUAACAACACGAUCAAUUCAUUCGGACAGAAUUCCGAAUCCGGACGUGACCAGGCUCAUGUCCAGCUUAGUCUAGGAAACAUGGCCGAGUUGUGUCAGACCGCUUUUAACCAAGGGAACAACUACUGGGACCUUCUGAAAUCCCGAUUGGGGGUUGGAUACGAAUAUACGGCCUCAUAUAAUUUGGGUAACACAGUGAAAUAUGAUCCGGAUUUCUUUCGGUGUGGUGCUGACCUCGUUGGUGGGCCCUGGUCUAGCAUCUCAUCCACAAAACGUGGAGUAUUCCGGCCGGUCUACGAAAUUGCGUAUGGGUAUUAUUCUCAGGUCAAAGGAUCGGCAAUGCCGUAUACUCAACAAGUGAUUAGAAAAAUCCAGAUCGAGGCUAACGAUGCUACGAACAAUAUGGGUGACUCGGCCUCGUACGGUACCCUGCGCUUUAGUCGUGGAGAUAACUGGGUUGCCGAGCGGUAG